AUGGCGCUCCGGCACGUGCCCCUGAACCUGAUCACAAGCCCUCCCACCAAGACGACUCAUACGGACGUCUCAACGCUAUUCAACCCGUAG